AUGGAGACGGAGGGUGGAAGUCCUGGUCGUACAUUGCUAGACGAAGAAGGGGCGGAAUUAAUUGACGGGAAGGUGGUGUCGAACGGACUUGAUGAGGAGGCAUCACUGCAAUGGAAAAGGUUGGAGACUUUGAGGAUUCGAGAGCUGGGUGGCAUCCCCGCUGGCGUGGAGUCAUCUGUUGCUGAUGCGGAAGCAGAACCGCCACGACGACUCUCAGACAGUGAAGAGACCAUAUCCACUGCUACUAGUCCAUGCGAGAGCAUGGUAGCGCUAGAAGAGCUCCUGCCGGAUCGCAGCGAAUCGACUGGUGAAGCAGGAUGUCGGAUUGACGACGCUGAGUUUGCUACUGAUCCCAUGUGUGACGGCGUCAGGUUUCCGACGAUCGACUUUCGGAACGCACGCACGCAGAAGUUCACUGCGUUGCUCGUAGGAAUCGUGCAUGGAAUCGCGGGACCAGGUGGGAUCCUCGGUGUUUUGCCUGCAGUAGGGCUCCACGAUACGGUCAAGUCGUUCAUCUAUCUCGGUUCCUUCUGCUUGACAUCCAUUGUCACAAUGGGGGUCUUUGCUGCUGGGUACGGUGAAGCUACAGGUCGACUAGGCGACCGCUCCGAGAUCCUGGCAUUCCGCAUAUCGAUCUUCUCGUCUUUACUUUCCGUGAUCGUGGGUAUACUCUGGUUAGUGCUUACUGCCAUGGGCGAGCUCCAGGAAGUCUUUGGCUGA